CCGAUUUUAUUGUUCAAUUUUGACCCUUGUAGUUGUAGUUGUAUCGCUGACGCUACCGGAUAUUGAUUCUAGACUAUUCCUCUUCUUCCGAUUACAAAACUCCCCGCUUUCCUCAUCGUUAAUUCCAGCUCGAGCGUUUGCUUUCUCCGACAAUCUCUGUUGGUGUUAUUUGAUCCGGGAUUCUGCUAUUGAUAAGGAAGCUACCCGCUCUAUUUUCCUCACAAACCCUAAGCAUAAAAACAGCUGCAACAUACUUUCCAACCUUUCUUGUAUAAUAUGGAAGCAAGCACAAUGAAUAUUGAAGUAAUUUGGAGGGGCACGAAACUGAAUGUGGAGGUGAACGGAAGAUGGACAGUAGGGGAGUUAGGGAAGAAACUAGUGGAGGUAACUAAUGUAAGGCCCGAUACUUUGAAGCUGCUUGUUCCGCAAACAAACACAAAAGGUUCAAGGCUGCUAGCUCCAUUUUCUGAUGAUAAUUCAAGUUUGGAAAUACAAGAUACAGGCAUUAUCAAGAGGAAGCCUAUAAGAAUGAUGGGUGUUUUUGAGGAUGAAAUUAAAGAAGUUUCACAAAAUAACACGAGACCAGACCUCAGAAUAGCUGGUUUUGAAGAGGAAGACAAUCGAUUGAGACAGCUAUCUUCCUAUAAACCUCAAGAUUCUCUUAAACUUCCACAAGGUCCUUACAUAUUUUGUGAUUUCCGCACGCUGGAGCUACCUGGGAUUAAGUUAAAUCUGCCGUCUGCUAAGGCACUGAGAAUAAUGCACACACUUGCUUGUGAUCCUGGAAUAACUGCCAUUAUGAAUAAGCACCGCUGGAGGGUGGGGAUAAUGACAGAGUUAGCUCCGGUUGGAUAUGUUGGUAUCAGUCCUAAAUGCAUACUGGGAUUAAAUAAGAAUCAUGGAGAAGAAAUUUCUCUUCGCCUUCGGACUGAUGAUCUAGAAGGAUUUAGGAAAUAUGAAAGUAUAAAGAAAACCCUGAUACAUGAACUUGCCCAUAUGGUGCACUCUGAACAUGACACCAAGUUCUUAGCCCUAGAGAAGCAACUGAAUGAUGAAGCUGCAAGCCUAGAUUGGUCAAAGUCAAGAAGUCGCACUUUAAGUGGUCACAAGGUUUCCAAUUAUUAUAAGGAUGACGUAGAUCACCUUUUGGAGGCUGCUGAUGUAGGCCACAAGCUUGGAGGAUCUAAUUCAUUUUCUACUGCACGCACAUCCUCUGUAGCAGCUGCUUUCCGUCGCUAUAUGAGUUCGAGUAUGGGUACCUCGUCGGAGUUUCAAGCGGGGAAUGAAUCUGUACAGGUGGAUGCUGUUAAUGAUUCUUUUGACAAUGAACGUGCUGACGAAAAACAUAAACAUGUUAGAGAUGACGAAAGUUCUGAGCCUGAUCUAAUGCAUGCUGGUAUCAUACAUGAAAGUUUGGCGCCCUCCUUAGAAAUUACCAUGAUAGAUGAGGAUGAUGGUGAUGCUCCAGAUGGUUCCAUGGAUUCUUCCAUUGAUGAAUCUUAUUCUGAUAAAACACUAAGUGGCAGGCACAAGAAAUUCCUUCCAGCACGUGAAACAAAUGAUUCAGCACUUACUCAAACUCAAAUCCGUGAUCUGAUGAAGAAUGAAACAGAACCAGAUGCUUAUGAUGCUGCUAAACAAAAGCGAAUGGAUUUCAUUUCUGGAAUAAGAAGUGAAGAACCUGAUCCUGAUAACGAAGCUGAAGGGGUUUCACACGAAAGUGUGCGUGAAGUGAAACGAGGGUUGAUCAGUUCCUUGGAUGCAGACAAUUUAGAAUUGCAAAGAAUUGAAGAGCCUGUGGCUGCCAUCUGUGCUCGGAUUCAAGAAUCCAUCAAGUUACUGAGAUCUGAAUUAACUCCUCAUGCUGCUGCCUCGGUUCUUCAGACACUCUCAAAGAUCAUCAGGAAUAUCAUAGAACACCCAGGUGAACAAAAAUUCAGAAGAAUAAGAAAAGAUAAUGCACAUUUUCAGAGGAAUGUGGCAAAUUAUAAAGCUGCAAUGGAGGUUCUCAAGACGGUGGGCUUCAUGGAAGAUGUUGUAGUAGAUGCGGUUGGUGUUGCUGAAGCUUAUUUGGUGCUCAAAAGGAACGAUCCUGGAUUGCUUUGGCUUGCUAAAUCUUCUCUCGAGAUGUUCAUUUCCUGAUUCCACCGUUUCAUUCAUUUAUUUGUAUACUUAAAUGUGUGUAUUUAUAUACAAAUCAAAACAUAAUUAUAGAAAUAAACAGAAAGCUUUACAGAAAUUGCUGGUGAAGUUCUUGUAAACAGCUUUUUAUCUUUUGUAUGUUUAUUGAAAUGUGAAUUCAGAUCCUGUUGUACAUGCAUUUGUAUGUAGUAUUCCA